CCUCGAAGCGCUCGCUUCUCGUCUUCGCUCAGUCUUUCCUCCAUUUCUUUUUUCAAAUCUCCCCGAACUUCGUCCCCUUUCAAAUUAAACCCUAGCGAUUGCCCGAGUUGGGUUAAGGGUAUCAAACCCGACCCGACCCGACCCGUUAGGAAACCAAAGUCUUCAAAACCCUGAAUUUUCGAAACCCUCUCGUUGGAGCAAAGCAUCGAACAUGGCGAAAUCUCUCAAUUUUCAGAGGUUUUUUCACUCUGUGAAGUCCAAUCUCAAGGUUGAAGAAGAACCCAUUAGAAAACUCAUCUCCCUCUUAGAAACUGAUCGGUUUCAAGCUGCUGUGUCUCUCACAAAAUCUGAGAUCAUCUCAAAAAACCCUCAAUUCCAAGCCCUUUCUCAUCUCUAUCAAUCUCUGGCUAAUUCAUUCCCUCCACUGGCAUCAUCCUUAAGCAGCGCUCUCAUCGCAAGCUGUGCCCAGCUCAAAUUGGCCGAACCUGCCCUCGAUAUCAUCGCCCAUGUCGGAGAGAAUCAACAUCCGUCGCCUUCUCUUCACUCGAUCAACCUGUUACUUGAAAAUUUGGUUUCUACACGCCGUUACUCUGAUACCCUUUCGCUCUUUUCAAAGAUCGAUUCUUGGGGAAUUCGGCUAGAUUUGUUUGCUUAUAACAAGGCGAUGCAAUCGUGCGUCAAGUCUGGAGACAUCGAUCGAGCACUGGCGCUGUUUAAGAGAAUGAAGGAGAAGGAUUGGAUUGUGCCUGAUAAGUUUUCGUACAAUGUUUUGAUAUCUGGGUUGUGGAAAGAAAAGAGAGGUGAUGAUGCAGAGAAGCUGUUUGAUGAAAUGCUUGGGAGAGGGAUAUCACCGAGUGAAGUCACUUACAAUAGCAUGAUUGAUGGGUAUUGUAAAUCUGGCAACUUGGAUGCUGCUUUUUCUGUUAAGGGGAGGAUGUUGAUUUCUGGGUUGAAGCCAAAUGUGAUUACUUAUAAUAGUUUGAUGAAUGGGUUUUGUCGAGCUCGAAGGACAGAGGAGAGUAAGAAUUUGCUGGCAGAGAUGGAAGCUAAUGGUCUUGUUCCUGAUGGGUUCACUUUUAGUAUAUUAUUUGAUGGGCUCUCGAGGAAUGGUGAUACUGAGGCAGCCGUUGAUCUCUUUGAGGAAGCAAUGAGGAAGGGGUUCAAGAUUGAUAGUUACGCUUGUAGCGUUUUGCUCAAUGGUCUUUGUAAAGAUGGGAGGGUUUCAAAGGCAGAAGAGGUGCUCGAGAGGUUAGUGAAGAAAGGACUAGUUCCUACGACUGUGAUUUAUAACACACUUGUUGAUGGAUAUUGUCGGGUUUGGGAUGUUGAUGCAGCAAUAAGGGUCGUCGAGAGUAUGAGCUCAUAUGGACUUAAAGCUGACCGGUUUACUUAUAACUCGUUGAUAAAUGCAUUUUGUAAGAUGGAGAGGAUGAAAGAAGCGGAAAAUUUUGUAAUAGAGAUGGGCGAGAAUGGGUUUGGUCCAAGCAUAGAAACUUUCAAUAGCUUGAUUGAUGGCUAUGGAAGGGCUAACAAUUUCGAGAGGUGCUUUGAGAUUCUGGAAGAAAUGGAAAAGGUUGGGCUCAAGCCAACAGUAGUGUCUUAUGGUUCUCUCAUGAAUGCAUUUUGCAAGAACAAGAAGCUAAAUGAGGCUGUUAAGCUCUUUGAAGAUAUAGUGGAUAAAGAUAUUGCACCAAGUGUCCAAAUCUACAAUAUACUCAUAGAUGCGUAUAGCGCAUCAGGCGAUCAGCACAAAGCUCUCGAACUUGUCGACAAUAUGAAGAAAAGUGGGCUUUCUCCGGAUAUUAUUACUUGUAAUUCUCUUAUAAAAGGUCUAUGUAAACAUGGGCAUGUUUCUGAUGCUCAGAUAUUGAUGCACAAGUUGAGGGAUGAAGGAUUGAGACCUGAUGUAAUCACAUACAAUACUCUAAUCUCAGGAUAUUGCAGUGCUAGCGACAUGCAUAAAGCUUUGCAGCUACGUGAAGAGAUGAAGCAGCUUGGAGUUCAAUCAAGCAUAGCCACGUAUCAUAUAUUGAUUAGUACGAUGAGCAACCAUGGGAAGAUUAAAGAGGUUGACGAGUUGUAUCAUCAAAUGUUGCAGGAGAAUCUGGCUCCCGAUUUUGGUAUGUAUAAAACAAUGAUAAGUGCAUAUAUGAGAUCAGGAGAUGGAAGCAAGGCAACAGCUCUGCAGAAGGAGAUGGCAGAGAGGAGCAUGCCUAUUUAUGAGAUGAGUUGAACUACUUGUGAAAACUGAAAAUUUAAUUUAUUGGGAGAAUAACUGAAUCUUUCCAGGAUGCAAUACUAUGGCCGGCAUUUUAAGAAGAUGUUGUAUGAUGAGGGGCAGCUUGUUAAUGCUUAUCUGGAUACAUUUUCAAUCACAAAGGACGUCUUUUAUUCAUCAACGGCAAUUGGCAAGUAAUAUUCUUGAUUAUUUAAGGAGAGAUACCAGAGGGUGAGAUUUAUUCUGCAGAAAUGCUGAUAGCGCUGAACAUGAAGGCACUUUAAGAAACAGGAAGGAGCUUUUUAUGUUUGGACAAGAAAAAGAGAUUGAUGAGUUCGUCGGAGAUUAUGCUAACCUGUUCAAGGAUCACUAUUAUGAUAAAAAGUCAGGAAAUUAUGACCUUUGUAGAGUGAGUGAUACUUAUAAUGAAUU